CCUCUCCGAACCUCACCUCUCCGCUUUGGACCGGCGCCUCGCAGCCGUCCUGCGGGUGGUGGAGGCCUGUCAGGAACGCCACGCGGAGGAGGUCGUUCACAACGAUGUGGAAGGGUACGACCAACAGCCCGACUGAGGGACACAACAAAGCGACUGCACGACUGUCUCAUACAGGACUGCAGAAUGGGGUUAAGGUCAAAAGGUCGUCAUCAUUUCAUUCAUCAGAUCAUUUCAUUCUGCAGAAGUUUGCAAAGAUAUUCAUUUCAGUUUAUUUUAUAUAGCAAAAUAUUAAACAUUUGAUUGAGAGGGCGUCACAAUCUGGACAUAUAUGACAUUCCUGACCUCUGACCUCACAUCGGAUCAGGAAAAACUCCCAAGAAAUAUAAAGAACCCUUUCAUGGGGAAAAAAGGGGAAGAACCCUUCAGGAGAGCAACAGGAUGGACAGAAGAAUAGAUGUCAUGUGACCAGAAGGAAUCAUUACAGAGUUACAUGAACACAUUCAAUCAAUAUGAAUAUUGCACGCAAGUACUUCACAAGAAGAAUAAGAGGAAACAGAAAAGUUUAACAUAAUAAACAUGGUUUUUUUUUCAUUCUCUUGUCCCCAUUCUACUGGUGAAGGAUAUGCUGGCAGAUAUGAUAUGAUGGAAAUGAGUGAGAUUAAAGCACAACGCCUGCAUGACUGAGUGUGACUCCUGUUGCAAUGUUUACAUAAAGAAACUCAAACGCGACAUCAUCUAUAAAACAGAAUCCAGGAAGGAUCCAGUGCGUUUGGACUCGGCCGCGCUCCUGCUGACAGUAACCGGAAGUGCGGUGUCCCGACAGAGAGGGACAAGAUGUGGUUUCACUUUCACAGAGAGGCGGCACAACGUUAGAGAAACAGAGACCCGCCGGUUGGGAAGGACUCUCGCCGAAUAUGAAAUGUGAUACUUUGUGAUUUGUUGUUUUGUGCCAGAGACCUCGUGGGAAGUUGUUGGCGCUCACUUUCACUUCCACCGGACAUUUGACUCAAAGGGACCCCUCCAUGGAGCCGAUGGACUGGCUGAACGACGAGGAGCUGCUGCGGUUCUUCCGCCGCUGUAAAACCGAGAUGUCCUGCAUGGAGAAGCCGCACACGUUCCUCUGCCAGCUCCGGGACUACGAGCUGGUGCCGGAGGACCGAUACAAGAAGGUGAUUCGUAUGAAGAGUAAAGACAACAUACGGAAAGGUCUCUACGAGAUCCUGGACUGGUUGGAACGAGAACGUCCCCAGAGCGUCCGAGAGUUCUGGAGCUGCGUCUUCAAGGACACCAUCCACUAUCCCACCCUGAAGCUGCUGCGCAACAGCCUCCUGGACGGCUCUUUCCAUUUUGACAAACAACCAGAAGAGACGGUGGAAACGGAAAAGUCAGACGAAGGGAAGAGGAAGGCGCUUUCUGGAGGUGAGGAGGGAGAGGAGAAGCAGGAGAACUCCGUGAAGAUGAAGAAGAAGAGAAUACUGAGAAGUAGCGACGAUGACGAGGAGCCGGCCGGUCCAUCAUCUCAAUCGAUUCCCAGGAAGAAAAAGUCCAAAAAAAUCUGCUUCUCCUCUCCCCUGAAGAAGGGCGAGAAGAACCACAUCUGGAGCUGGCCCAUCUAUAAGCUGCAGCUGCCCGUGACCUGUGGGGACCAGGCGGGGACACUGAAUAGAAACCUCCUGGCUAAAGGGGAGAAGUGCAUUGUGGUCGGGAAACGGUGGUUCACUCCCAGUGAGUUUGAGAGUUUUGCGGGGAAGAAGAGUUCCAGGAACUGGAAGGCGAGCAUUCGCUGUCAGGACACCCAGCUGGGGAAGCUGAUUCAGGAAGGUCACCUGAAAACAGGAACGUACAAAGGAGGGUGCAGAAAGGCCAAUAGGUCACUGUUCCCGUCUGGUCACGCAACUGCAGUGUCUGACGAAGAUGAAGAAGCAGGAGAAGAAGAAGAAGAAGAAGGAGAUGAUGAAGAAGAAAAAGAAGAAGGAGAAGAAGAAGAAGGAGAUGAAGAAGAAGAAGAGGGCCGUGAGCUGAACGAGGGCGACCGCAGCAGAGAAAGCUCCGCAGCUGUCGCAGGCGAGGCAGUGAGGAACCGGACCGAGCAGCCAGAAGUCGCCAGGAAGGUGUUCAGAGUCACGUGCCGCGGUGCAGCCGGGACUUUACACGCCAAGCGGUUCUCCUCAGGGACUUGUGGGAAGAGUAUUCGCACUGAGACCAGCUGGAUGACCCCGGUGGAGUUCCUGAAGGUGGCGUCGUGUCCGGCGGACGCCUCUUGGAAGAAAGAGAUCCGGUGUGAAGAGGAACCGCUCAGCGUCCUCAUCGAGGCAAACGACUUGACGAUCGACUCGCUGCUGUGCAAAUGCAGUCGGUGCAAACCAGAUGGCACCGAGCUGGAGAAUCAGAAGAACGAUGACGAGUGUGGCGUCUGUAGAAGGGAAGACGAAGACAAGUUGGUGAUGUGUGAUGACUGCCCUCGCUCCUUCCACCAGAAAUGUCACCUGCCCCAUGUGGAAGAUGUCGAUUUAGGGAUCUAUCAGGGGUGUUUUUACCAGGAGCUGGAAAGAGAAGCAGCCGUGUCGCUCCCAAUAUCCCAACACAUGCUGAGAAGCUCAACCUGUCCGUCCCUCAUCCCUCCUUCCUUACAUCAACAGGAAUGCCAGUAUCUCCUUCUGUAUCUGUGCACGGCUGAUGAGGAACAAACAUUCUCCGUGGACCCACGCCUCUACCUGAACGACUACUGCAGCGUGAUCAAGACCCCCAUGUGGCUGGGUCACAUAGCCCACCGACUCCAGAAGCCACGAAACCGGAUCGUUGGAGAGUUUGAGACCGACGUCCAGCUCAUUUUCUCCAACUGCGCUUUAUACAACCGGGACAAUGCUGAAAUCCUCGCCACGGGAAACAGACUGAAGGAGUUAUUUGACAGAGAAUUUAAGAGUGUGUUCAACAUCAAGGAGUAGGCUGGUGACAUUACAGGGUUUUUCCUGCAUAGAGAAAAUGUGGGCGCCUAAGCCGUUUUCCCGAACGCCUAUGACAAAUCCCGAGCGCCUAAGGCAAAAAAAAGUCUGCGAUGGAAAAAAAAAAAAUAAUGUGUUCAUCACGUGCAUGUCAGCGAAUAUGUUCUCAAUAGUAUGUUUCAAGUAGGCUACAGCCGAACCCUCGUUCUGUUUUGAUCAAUAGUAAUCGAGUUGAUAAGCGUGUCUUCUUGUCUGAUCAAUACGCAACUGUGAGGUGAAUGGACAGAGCGGCCAGCUGCUGAUCACUCAACAGCCCGACGUGCACCAAUACACCUGGACAAAUGCAAAUGAAAUUUCCACUCAAAAUUUCUGACAUAUAUAUGUAAAGAGGUAAACCUUGAUAAUCUUUGAACCAUACAUGGGGCUUGGACUAUUGUCAAUCUGUUAGCCUAUCUAUUUUAAUCUAAAGUGGAAGCAGAAUGAUUUCCUCAAGCAUAGCCUCCAUUAUUUAUGGAAAAAAAAUUACAAAUACAUAGAUGUCUGCUAAUUACGGUAACAUGGCAACACAGACCGUGUUUUUUUGAGAGCACUGAAGACCUAUUUUGACCCAGGAAAAACCCUGCAUUAACUGGGUUCAGUUAUCAAACUAAGUAGCGACCGGGGAAAGGUUACGAAUAUGUAAAUAUGCCUGUGGUUUGUAUAGUUUUGACAAUCCUUUGUGUUUGAAAUAUCCCAAACUAAAUGAUUCCUAAUCAAGAGAAUGCAGGGAACUUUGACUUGAAUUAUGAGAGCACAUUUCAAUCUAUAAUUUGAUAAUGCAUUUAAAAAAAAGGCAUUCUUCCCACUAUUUAUUUUCUUCAUAAAAGGCGCGGUACCAGAAAUAACCAAAGCUUACAUUCCACCCAACGUAUGUACGAUCACAAAGACCAAAGAGCUGACAGAGACAACAAAAAACAUAUCAUCUCAAUAUAUUAAUUUAAACAUAUUUUUUCCUGUAUAUCUAUUUAUUGCUGUGUUUUUGUAUGAUGCUACAUGUGAGGAGGGUUCUGCAAUGAAUACAUUGUACAAGUCUGUAUUAAACGUAGUGUUUGUCUUAAGCCUUUUGCAUCGUGUCCCAGUGUCACAGCACAGGAUUAAAGGGAAGUCUCUCUGUCUCCACCUCUGACCUGUUGCUUGUUUUAAAAUAAAAUAUGAAAUGUG